AUGUCGCUCAGUGGCGCUGCUGCAGCCCCCCCCUGGAAGAAUCACAGUUUCAACUUGGGGGGCGGUAGAGACCCCCCCCUGUCAGACCAAGGCGAGACCAUCAUCGGAGUGUACCUGCUGCUGCUGGGCUGGAUGUCAUGGUUCGGAAACAGCAUCGUGCUCUUCGUCCUGUACAGACAGCGAGCGUCUCUGCAGCCCACCGACUACCUGACCUUUAACCUGGCCGUCUCUGACGCCAGCAUCUCCGUGUUCGGAUACUCCAGAGGUAUCAUCCAGAUCUUCAACGUCUUCCAGGACAGCAGCUACAUCAUCUCCUCCAUUUGGACCUGCCAGGUGGACGGUUUCCUCACGCUGCUGUUUGGGCUGAGCAGCAUCUACACGCUGACGGUCAUCAGCAUCACCCGCUACGUCAAAGGAUGUCAGCCCAGUAGAGCUCAUCGCAUCACCAGGAGCAGCGUGUUUGUGUGUCUGCUGUUCAUCUGGACCACCGCUGGGUUCUGGUCCGGAGCUCCACUGCUGGGAUGGGGGAGCUACACAGAUCGAGGAUACGGCACCUGUGAGAUCGACUGGGCCAAAGCCAACUACUCCAGCAUCUACAAGUCCUACAUCGUCUCCAUCUUCAUCUUCUGCUUCUUCAUCCCCGUCCUCCUCAUGCUCUUCUGCUACGUGUCCAUCAUCAACACCGUGAAGAGAGGGAACGCCCUCUCAGCCGAGGGAGACCUGACGGACCGGCAGAGGAAGAUCGAGAGAGAUGUUACCAUCGUCUCCAUCGUCAUCUGCACGGCCUUCAUCCUCGCCUGGUCUCCAUAUGCUGUCGUGUCCAUGUGGUCCGCCUUGGGCUUCCAUGUACCCAACCUGACCAGCAUCUUCACGCGGCUGUUUGCCAAGUCCGCCAGCUUCUACAACCCUCUGAUAUAUUUUGGACUCAGCUCUAAGUUCCGUAAAGACGUGGUCAUCCUGCUACCGUGCACACAUAAUGGCAAGGACACCGUCAGACUCAAGCGUUUUAAGCCAAAGGCUGACCCACAUGGACGCCUCGCUUCAGGAGGCGGAGUCAAACUCAAGGUUUCUCUCAACCAACCUGACAAGAAAUACUCUCCGAUGGAGGCCACAACCCCAGACUCCAGCGGAUUCCCCUUCGGUCCAUCGCCACUGGCCAACAAGGAGGUGUAUUACAUCAACAUGCCCCGCCCCUCUGAGGCCAGCUCAGAGUUUGAGUGUGUGCGACUUUGAGAAGGUUUUAAGGAGGAGGAAGACCACAAGCACAAGUCCCAGCCUGAGACUGGGAGGCUGACCCCAAGAUCAAACCAAGGACGACCCAGACUUUGAACACACCAAAGGAACAGGCAGGAGUCUGAGAUUCUGGUUCAGCGUCGGUUCUGACCGGAGCUGCUGUGAACCCUCUGGUAGAACUCUCAUGGAGUCUUCACUCUCCUCACAUGAACCAAGAACUGGAGCUUUAGACUCCAAGUCCCAGAAGUCCAAGAAACACAGUCUGAAGGGUGUUGGUCUGAGGUCCAGAAACGGAACCAGAAGACCAGAAACCAACCGAGGAAUUCUUUGAUGGGAAAGAUGGGCUGACCUUUAGUUUGUUUGUACCAGACACACACAUGACACACAAUUACAAACACACAAUUACAGACAAACACAUUGACAAAAACACACAACUAAAAACAGACACAUUAACAAAAUUAAAGACACA